GGAGAGGGGAGGGAGCCGGUCCAAGCCCGGAUUGCGCACCCAGCCAGCGCUGAGCAGUGCCUGUGCCAAGAGCCGGCUUCCUUAAAGCCAUGGGCCCGGGGGCCGGCCCCGCAGGCGGAGGGGAGCCGGCGAGCAGGGGCCGGAAAGCAGAGAGGGGAGCCCUCGGCCCCCGGGGUCACCAUGGACGUAAUUUACCUGCGCACAUCCCUGACCUUCCUUCUUCUCCCUCUUGUUGUGUUUGGGGCACCCACUGAUGAACCCAAUCUCAAAGAACCAGCCCCUGGUGCUUGCAAGCGCUGUUGUGACCCACUGGACUCUUCCACAGAUGCCCGACCGCUCCCUCCCAGCCACCACCACUUUCCAUACCCAAUGCCAGAGGUCCGUCCCUAUAUCAACAUCACCAUACUGAAGGGAGAGAAAGGAGACCGGGGAGAGCCUGGAAUGCCAGGGAAAUGGGGCAAAGAAGGACCACGAGGUGAGCGGGGUGCCCAGGGCCAGAAAGGCAGUAAAGGACAGAUGGGCACAGCGGGAGACCCCUGCAAGCAUCAGUACGCUGCAUUCUCCGUCGGUCGCAAGAAAGCUCUGCACAGCAGUGAGGGCUUCCAGGUCCUGAUCUUCGACACCGUCUUUGUCAACCUCUACAGCCACUUUGACAUGUUCAAUGGCAAAUUCUACUGCUCAGUAGGUGGACUUUACUAUUUCAGCCUCAAUGUCCACACCUGGAACUUCAAGGAGACCUACAUGCACAUCAUGCACAAUGAAGAAGAGGCAGUCAUCUUGUAUGCCCAACCCAGUGACCGCAGCAUCAUGCAAAGCCAGAGCCUCAUGCUAGAGCUUCAGGAAAAUGAUGAGAUCUGGGUGAGGCUCUACAAGCGGGAGCGGGAGAAUGCCAUUUACAGUGAUGAUGUUGAUGUGUACAUCACCUUUAGUGGGUACUUGGUCAAGCCUAGUCUUGAAUAACUGCCUCUCCUCUUGCUUGGGGCCUCUUUGGCCUUUUCCUUCUUUCUCUCUCUCUCUCUCUCUCUCUUUACUGCCCACAAACACUGCAAACCGCUUGGAAAUGAGCCUGUCAAGUCUCAGGCACUGAGUGUGAAACUUGCCACACCAGCUCCCACCUCAUGCCCUCUUGUAGCCAGACUUGU